CUCUCCUUCCCCUUCUUUUUUGAAAUAUUUGUUGUCUUUAUUCUUGUUUUUUUUUUAUAUUUCUUUCUUUUUUUUCUUUCUUUUCUUCCUUUCUUUUUUUAUAUACAUUAUAGAAUAUAUAUAUAUAUACAUUAACAAUGUGGUUAUCACAACGUAUAUCAGCAUUUAAUAAACAAUUACGAAAACCAAACAAGUCACAAUCUACUUCUACUUUACCUAAUAAACGGUCUACACCUUUAGUCAAUACCAACUUAUCUUAUGAAACAUCAAAAUCACCUUCUUUUGAUACUUUGACCCCUCCUUUAUCACCAGAAACAACGCCACCCAAUAUGUCAACUAAAAAAACUUCUCCUCCAACAACUGGUUUAUCAACAAAUAAUGUACCUUUAGAAAUCAUGAUUGUUGGUGCUCCUCAAGUUCCAAAAUCAACUAUUAUACGUAUCGGAUUCGAUAAUGUUAAACCUAUACGUUCAAAAUACAAAGGUGCACAUACAUUUCAGACAAAACUUGUAUUGGAUCAAAAUAUAUAUCAUUUAGAUUUAGUUAAAAUGGAUGACAUAUAUAUUAUGGAUGCUAUCAAGAAAACUUCUUCUGAAGCACGCAAUGAUUAUAUACAUUUUGAUGGAGUAAUUGUUUGUUAUGAUGUCAAUCGUCGUGAUUCAAUGAAUAGUUUACCGGAUUUACUUAAUGCAUUUGUCACAUGGAAAAUACCAUUGUUUUUGGUGGGGCUGAAAACGGAUCUGACAGGAAAAUGUGAAACUGAUCCUCAACUAGGUCACAAGUUGGCAACCUUGUUUGGUGUACCAUCUGUACUCAUCGAUGCUUAUACGCCCAAUGGUGUCACUCAAAUGCAAAUGGUCUAUAAUGCUCUAGUACAAAAGAUUGCUCAUCCUCAAAAAAGACCUCAUUCUGCUUCUACUUCUUUAUUACCACAUAGACGUUCUUUACCACCUCCACAACACAAUCAUCAUCAUCACCAUCACCAUCAUCAUAUUCAAAGACGAUCGUUUAGACAACAAAGUAUUUAUUCAACAACUUCAUCUAUAUCCAUCACAAAAAAAAGGGAGUCAGUGGCAGAAAGACCUUUAUCCUCUUCCUCCUCACCACAUGCAUCAUCACCCUCCUUACAAGCAAAGAAAUCUCAACGUCGUCCAAGCAGAAUACCUAGAUCGGAACAUAGGUAUGAUUUACUUGCAUUAGCCAAUACGGAUGGUACAUCCAUUGCAUCAACAUCAUCAUCUUCAUCAAUUUCAUCCUCAUCACAAAUCCUACUGCAUGAUCCAUAUGCUGGAAUGAUUACACCUCCUUUAUCUCCCAUUCAACGACCUACUUCAAUUUGUUCUCAACUAUUACCAAAAAAACAAGAUAACAAUGGAAAUCAUCAACAUCAUGAUGUAACACCAACUACAAGUACUGGAUUGACUGCUGAUGCUAUUGUCAAUAAGAUGACUUUAUGGGAUUAUCAUCAUCAAGAAAGCUUGAUGAUGAUCUUUUUGACAUUCUACAGGAAAUUUAUGACUCCUUAUCAAUUAGUACAGUCUUUAAUAGAAAGAUUUGAACAAGAUUAUACAUCUGAUCAUCAACCCACUCGACGACAAGAAAGAAUUCGCACUAUUCUUUGUCUUUGGCUUUCUCAUCAUUGGGGUGAUGUAUAUUAUGGGAGGUCACAUCAAACAUUGAACCGGUUUCUUCAACGACUUGGACAUCAUCAACAUCUUUCCACUAUGUAUCAUUUAUUGGCACCUUUGAUUACAAGACCUUGUCCUUUAACUGAUCCUGAUUGUGUUUGGGGUCUUACAGAUGAAGAGCAAGAUAUCGAUAUCAAUACUAGUUUGUAUGGUUUAUGGGAAAAAUCACCAAGUAUUACCACAAUGCUAUAUAUGGCUUCACCUUCUGAUAAACGACCGUCUACAUCAUUUGACUGGUACAAUGAAGUAGAUAAACGACAUUCAUCAUCAUCAUCAUCGUCAUCAUCAUCAUCAUCUCCAACGUCAACAACAUCCACUUCUCAAACAUCUGUGUCAUCCAUGAAUAAAGGAGGCAUUGACACUACAACUAAUUUAGAUUUACAUUAUUCAACUUAUUUGACAUCAACUGAACUCAACAAAAAAGACAGAAAAAGAAAUUCGACAUUAUCAACGAGAGCAAUGAGGAAAAGAAAUGCAGCAUUAACAUCUGGCGAACCUUUGUUUGGUGGUGGCUUACUUUUAUUGGAAGUUACUGGUCGACGUCCAUUUUCUUUGGUGGCACUCCAAACAUCUUUAAGAUCCAUGUCUCAUAUUCGUUAUGCUAUGUUGAUGGAUCUCUCUGUGGAAUUAUUGGCUGAACAAUUGACUUGGGUAGAAUUAACUCUAUAUAGAAAUAUCAAACCUAGGGAUUAUAUUCGACAUUUAUGGGGUGAAAAAGGAGCAUCAGAAGCAAUGAUGGCAACAAUAGCUCAUGGUCAAUUUAUCAAGAAAUGGUUAAUAACCAUGGUAUUAACACAAAACCAUGGUUGUCAACGAAUGGCUCUUUUGGAAAAGUUUAUGGAUUUAGCUUAUCGACUUUAUCAUGAUCAUCGAAAUUAUAAUACUUUGGCGAUUAUUCUUGAAGGAUUGGGUCAAAUCAAGGAUUGUUUGAAACAAACCUUUUUAGGUAUCCAUCCAACCAAAAGACAACAAUUUGAAGAAUUGGAAACAUUGAUGAAUCCUGAUAGAAAUUAUGCUUUAUAUCGACAAGAUCUUGAAAGAACAAACGAUAGUUCAAGCGUUCCAUAUCUAUGGGUUCACCGACAAGAUCUCGUUCUAUUAGCUGAAACUAAACGUGAUGUGACCUCAUGUGGCGGCAUUUAUUGGGAAAAGUACAGAUUGAUGGGAGAAAUCAUUCUUCGUCUUGUUCAAACUAUGACCUGUACUACUCAACCUAGUCCUUGUGUACUUGCCUUUAUUGCGGAUACUGAUCUUUUGACAGAGGAGGAACGAAUUCGUCGAUUAGACCAAUUACGGGAAAAAUAGCCUUUUUAUUUUUGAACCAAAUAAAAAAAUCAUCCAUAUUUUUAAAA